AUGGUUUAUUCGUGGGGGCCUUCGAUGACUACCAAAAAACCUUCGAAUCCUGGAGAAGCGUACCCGUGGCAAUUGGAGUGCGCGCAGAAACAACAGCUGCUUGAAUCGAUGUAUGCUUACCAUGAUCGAGGGGAGGAUACUUCUGCGGAGGUGCACUGCGAGGAACUUGACAAGGACUGGAUCGAAUAUGAAGCGUACAAAACUCAUGAAAAAUGCAACAUCGUGAGCCCAUGUGACAAGGAAAAAUACCAGAAAAUCUGGGACCCUCGAUGCAAAAAAUUCAACGACGAUCUUGACCGUGCUUGGGCUAAAGCAAAUGAAGAGGGAAGAAAAGAAGGUAUGGAAAUCAACUUGAACUUCUGA